UCUGACCCUGGCCAUAAUGUAUCCCAAUUCUCUCAUCUACUGCACCUGCUGGGACCCCUGGAACUUGGGACCACGGAAGCUAAUCAAGACCCCUCAUCCACUUCCAAAGACCCUCACAGGAAAGCCUAGACAAACUCAUCUUACACCAGUUUCAAGGGAACGCAACUACCUUCAGUCCCAACCAACCAAACCUGUUGUUUCCCCAAAGUAAGUACAUAUAGCUCGUGAGGCAAUGAAUACAAUAACCCAGGAGGUGAUUGACGUGUCACCUGGCUAUAAACUCAUUCGAAAUCGGGAACAGAUUUCUGUCACCUUGGGAGAUGAGAUGUUCAGUAGGAAGAAGCACUUGGAAUCGGACAUCUUGAACAAAGUCAAGUUUUCCAGGACAGACAUCAUCUCCGACCUUGAGGAGCAGAUCUCCGAGUUGAUGGCAAUAAUAGAGCAAAUGAACAGAGACCACCAGUCUGCCCAGAAACUGCUCUCCAAUGAGAUGGAUCUCCGCUGCGCCGAGAUGAAACAGAAGUUCGAAAACGAGAACAGGGAUCUCCAAAAGGCUCACAAACUGGAGCUCGAGAAGUUAGAGAACAGCUACAAAGAUGCCCUGAAGGCGGAAAAAGCUUCUGCCCAGGAAAAGCUAGAGGACAUGGGCAAAGAGUAUAAGUACCUGAAGAAUAUGUUCCACAGGUAUCAGGACAGCAUUUAUGAUGAGAUGGAAGACAAGUGGACAAAGCGGAAGGCAGAAUGGGAGAAGGAUGAGAAGCUGGAGAGGGAGAAGAUCCUGCUGCAACAGAAACACAGGAUAACAAAAAAGUUUGAGCUAGAGUCGGAAGAAGAAAAGAGGAAAAUGAAUGAAUCCUUCAGUGCCGUCUUCGAGAACUUCACCCGAGAGAAAGAGGAGCUCAUUAAACAGCAUGAUGAAGAUCUGUUGCAAAUGCAGGAGCUGAGAAAAUCCAAGGAGGUAAGCAUCUCUAGGGAAACAGUCCUUGAGUUCCCUCCUGUCUCGGGGACCUUGCAUCCGCACGACGUCCUGAGGCGGUUUCCUCUUGCGCAGAUCUUGGAGGCCGAGUUGCAGGCACAAGCGAUCGUCUUGGAGACACUGAACACGAGCCUCUACCACUGCCAGCUGGAACUCCAGAGAGAGAAAACCGUAGUGGGAAACCUGGAGAAACUGUUUCAGACAAAGCUUGCUGAAGCUGAAGAGAAGUACAAGUACACCAUCCAGAUCCUGACGGAGGAAAACAUCUGCCUCAGGCAAAAGAUGGUGACCAAGAGUGAAAUGUCCGACAUGUCGGCGUCUGCUACUCCUUGUUCGCUUGAGUCUGACUUGCCCAAACGUAGAUAACGAACCGCGCUCCC